GCUUGUACCUCUUUCUCUCUGCUACAGUGUCCGGAUCUUCAAACAGCAAGCAUGACCGAGAACGAUGUCGAUAACGAGCUGUUGGACUACGAAGAGGACGAAGAGCCACAGGGAGCACCAGAGAGCGCUGCCCCCACCGGCAAGAAGGAGGUGAAGGGUUCUUACGUGUCCAUUCACAGCUCUGGCUUUAGAGACUUCCUGCUUAAACCUGAACUCCUGAGGGCCAUCGUGGACUGUGGAUUUGAACAUCCAUCAGAAGUGCAGCACGAGUGCAUCCCACAGGCCAUCCUGGGCAUGGACAUCUUAUGCCAGGCUAAAUCUGGUAUGGGUAAAACAGCAGUGUUUGUGCUGGCCACCCUGCAGCAGAUAGAGCCAGUCGAUGGACAGGUGUCUGUGCUGGUGAUGUGUCACACCCGUGAGCUGGCCUUCCAGAUCAGUAAAGAGUACGAGCGCUUCUCCAAGUACAUGUCCACGGUUAAAGUAGCUGUGUUUUUCGGCGGCAUGCCCAUAAAGAAAGACGAAGAGGUACUGAAGAAAAAUUGCCCGCACAUCGUGGUCGGCACACCGGGACGCAUCCUCGCCCUCAUUCGCGACAAAUUGCUCAAUCUUAAAAACGUCAAGCACUUUGUCCUCGAUGAGUGUGAUAAGAUGCUUGAGGCGCUAGAUAUGAGGCGUGACGUGCAGGACAUCUUCAGGCUCACCCCUCACGAGAAACAGUGCAUGAUGUUCAGUGCCACCCUCAGCAAAGAAAUCAGGCCAGUCUGUCGCAAAUUCAUGCAGGACCCGAUGGAGGUGUUUGUGGACGAUGAGACCAAGCUGACUCUGCACGGCCUGCAGCAGUACUACUGCAAACUAAAGGACAGUGAAAAGAACCGCAAACUCUUUGACCUGCUCGACGUCCUCGAGUUCAAUCAGGUGGUGAUCUUUGUGAAGUCAGUACAGCGUUGUGUCGCUCUCUCUCAGCUGCUGGUGGAGCAGAAUUUCCCAGCCAUUGCCAUCCACAGAGGCAUGGCCCAGGAGGAGAGGUUGUCUCGUUAUCAGCAGUUUAAGGACUUUCAGAGGAGGAUCCUGGUGGCCACCAAUCUGUUCGGCAGAGGGAUGGACAUUGAGCGGGUCAACAUCGUUUUCAACUACGACAUGCCAGAGGAUUCGGACACUUACCUGCACAGGGUGGCUCGCGCUGGUCGUUUCGGCACUAAAGGUUUGGCCAUCACCUUUGUGUCGGACGAGACGGACGCCAAAACGUUAAACGACGUGCAGGACCGCUUCGAGGUCAACGUGGCAGAGCUACCUGAAGAAAUCGACAUCUCCACUUACAUUGAGCAGUCGAGAUGAGUCCUCGAUCGUGCCAUCGGACCACCAGCCCAGACACACCAGUCAUCACGAUCCGGGUUUUCAUCCUGAUGAUUCACUUCUAGUCUGUGCUGAUAGUUUUAAAGCUCUGCACCUCAACGUUGUUUUUAACUUUUAUUGUCUCUGUUGGGAUGGGAGGGGGGAGAAAGAUGUCAGCUUUUUGUUGCCCAGUCAUCAUUUUGUUUUAAUGGAAUUAAAACCUUUUAUACUGUCA